AUGGAAGAAUCUGUUCAAGAAGUCGGCAACACAAAUUUUUGGGAGAACGUUUAUAAUGAAUGGGACUGUGACAACACUUGUGAAGGAGAUGUGGAUGCAAUGACAAAAGGGUUGUUUAGUAAAUACCUGCAAAUCAUUAGCUCGAGUGUACAACACCGUUGUGCCGUUUUUCAAAUAGAAGACGCUCUACAAAGAGUUGCAAGAACACAAAAAGAGUAUCACGAGUUGUUUUGGGGAUGUAUCAAAAAGUAUAUUGAAAACAAUAGCGAGACAGAUAAGGACGGGAUGCUGGACUCUCUUCAAUUACCUGAGGAGGAAAGUGUGGACUUUCCAAUUGAAUUGAAAGGGAUUAAGUACUCAAUUAGUGUAAAGUUUGGGUCGAACCCAGUCGUUUUCCAAGACGGCAAAUUCCCAGCGUCGUCGAUGGAAAGACACAUCACACUCCAAAACUUGUUUUCUGGGAAACUGUCUGCAAUUGUUGUUCCACUACAAAAGACUGUUGAAAGUGUUGUGAUAACUAAUUUAAAGAAAACGGCGACGUUCGAUACACAUUUUGGAGGGUAUAAUGAACAGACAAAAAAUUUUCAUUUGAACGAAAUGAAGGAAGGAGACUUUUAUGUGACACGACAUACAAAUAAAUAUUACCACAUAGUCAUCCACACGUAUUUUGAAAAUGGAGUGUUUGACUUUGCAGAUAAAGAGAACGAGAAAACGUUCUUUGGCAAUUUGAUAUUCUUUUGUCAUUCACAAAAAGUCGAUUCACUCCACUUUCUUAUGGACGGAGCACUUUCAGAGGAUGUUGCAAAAAAUAUGGUGACGGAGUCUUUCACUAAUAUCAGACAGGCGAUGAUUAAUGAUGAGUUCACGACAAUAUCAGAAAUUGAAUUUAUAUGUUCCGAAGAGGCAAUUGAGCAGAAAGUACUCAAAGAGCAUUUUAUCUUGACAAUACACCCCCAAUGA